AUGAGUAAUGUCGCUCGAAGACAGCGCGACCAGCGCACGGGCAGCGAGACGGAAAUCGAGUGCGACGAGCUGCAGUUCCUGACGGAAGAGGAGGAGGAGAGCGGUCGCGCGGGAUGGCGGCGGCUGCUCAAGACGUUCCCGGCCCAGCCGACGCUGGCGCCCGUGGCCCCGACGUUUUCGCUGGACGAUUUGGCGCAGAAGAAAGAGCCGUCGGGAGUGGACGAGCAGACAGCAGCAGCAGCAGCUUCGUCGACGCUCGCGGGUCAUGUCAUGUGGAAACUGGCUGUGCGCAUGUCGUCGCGCAACGAGAACCGCUUGCUGCAGCACAUUACGCGCUCGAUCUUCAGUCAUGGCUCGACCAAGCACGAUGAUCGGUUCCAGCUGGACUGCGAGCGGGGAGACAGUAGUACGAGUACGCAGUCCAACUCGGGGAAGAAAGGGAGGAGUGUUGAGCCAGGACAUCGGGAGAGUGAGGACAAGGCGAGUCAUGUGAGACGUGGACAAGUGAUGGAUCCAGAUGCUGUUGCAUGCUCCGAGACAAGACAAGCUGUUUCGUCAGGAGCAACAGCUGCGGCUAUGGCUGGUGCUGCCUCUGCUUCGUCGGCUUCUGGUGCUGGUAUUUUGCCGCCGAUGCCGCCGCUGGUCUUUUCGCCGUCCAAAGGCAGAGUGCACAAACGAGCACGCGCCAUGACGUUGGAACAGUACACAAAGUGGAACUACACGGGAUUGCGUCCGGGAUUUUCGGUGAGAGUAGUGCGCUGCGAGGCGGCGGGCUCGAUGCCACCUGUCACGGAAUAUGUGCUUCAUGUCGUGGACCUUCACACGCGUGUGUUUUGGAUCACGAAGAAGCGCUUUAGUGACUUUUACUUUCUCCGGCGUAAGAUCCGGGCAAUGAUUCGGCGUGCUCCGGAAGCUGACGAUGAGGAAAGAGACUAUUUGCGCUUUUUGCUGGACUUGCCGUUCCCACGUCGGCGAUUUCGACCAGCAGGCGCUGCAGCCGUCGCCCGUGGCAUGGGCGAGAUUGAGGUCUUUUUGAGAAACGUAGCAGCUCUGGAGCCGCAGUCUUGUCUCCAGCGCAGUAUAUUAAUGGAGUUCCAGCUUGAAAUGUGCUCGGCGGAAUUUGUGUCGUCUUUGGAAAAGAUCGACACGACGGGCGAGCCGGUGGAGCCUAAAUGGCUGGCGUAUGAUCUUUUUCGACGCCUGAAUUGUGACGGUACUAUUGAGGGCAGUACGUGCUAUCGUUUUUUGCAUGUAUUCCGGAAACGUGUGGCAACGAUUGAAACGGCAGUGUGUUCGGAAUGCAACAAAGUGGAAGGGGCUGUACUUGCGGCGUCAGCAGUCAAAGACUUGCGCAACACGGUGACGAGCAUUGAGAAGUACAUUUCAGAGAAUCUGGAUCCACAGUACGCAGACACGCUGUCACUGCUGGACCACAGUGUUGAUGUGUCGUCUGUUUUGGACGACUGUGUGUACCACGCAGUAGAAGACUCUGUCUUGGUGCCGCUCGAGAACCAGGUAGAUUUUCUUGUGGGCGAGACCGUCGAUAAGGAUGUCGAGCGGCGUUUGGCAUUCAACAUUGAGCGCUUGAGGUGUCGGUCACAGAUUGAUAGUGGAAUUCCGGAGCACUUGCAGUCUGACGAAGACUGGGGACUCUCAUGCCACCACCUGAGCAUGAUUGAUGAACGGACGUUACCUACAGACAAGAUCCAGGAGCUCCUUCGUUCUGCACUGGAGAUUUUCAAGAGUUGUGGAGAAAAGAAUUUGGAGUGGCAUGACAAUUCGGCGCUGACUGCAGACGAGUACCUCCCUAUCCACAUUUAUGUAGUGGUAAAGAGCGGAUUGAAGCGACCGCUGGCUACGAAGGAGCUGCUGGGCUCUAUGAUCCACCCGUCUCUGAUGCUGGGCGAAGUGGGCUACUUCCUUACAAUGUUUGAGGUUGCGCUCAAGUACAUUGCCGACAUGUGA